AAUGAAACAAGGCCGGAAGAACUCCACGGGAUUGAGACGCGAGGAGGCUGACUUCCGGUGCGGUUAUCCCGGAAGUAGGGUGGCUGCGCUGGGCUCCAGGCAGGGGGCGGGCUUCCCUUCCUGUGGCGCCUUCUCCCGAGCCACGGAGCCGGGAAAACCUCGGGGAGAAGGAGGAGCAGCCCUCCCAGCCCCUUUGGUACGGCUAGGCCACUUCUCUGGAGGAAGGCCUCACUGUCGCCUGAAGGAACGAACAAGCAAUGCAGCCUUCCUAAAACGACUCUGUCCUACAUGUGAAUGGCUCAGAAGAAUCAUACCUAAGCAAAAGAAAUGUCUCUUUGGAUUGCCCAGUGUUUUGUCUAUGCGCUGACAGUGGUGGUUUGUGUCAUGCUAAAGCCAUCUCAAAGCCAAGUUUGUUCUACAGAGAAGAUGGAGAACAUCACUCUCGAUAUAAAACGGGCCUUUUCUAAAGGCAUCCAGGGGAAUGAGCCUAUCUUUACUGCCUCUCCAGAAGCUUGUAUUAACAUUUGCUGUUUGGGAGGAAAAAUUGGAGGUAACAAAGUGUGCAACUACAUAGUAUUUAAUACCAAAAAGAAACACAAUUAUCCAAAUUGCUAUCUGUUUUAUUAUCCCACAAAAGAAAUUUUCCCAGCGAGACAAGUAUUAGGACUGGUGACUUACAGAAUAAUACAUGGGAUUCCCAAGCCAGCUCCUUCUACAGCCAUAGUUUUCCAACCUACAACUAAUAGUCAUUUCCUGUCUGCAGAAAUUGCCAUGCUUGAUCCUUAUAGUGCAACAAACCCUUCCCAUGAUUCGGAUCAUUUGCAGAAACCCACUUCUUCAAAUAGGAUGGAAACCUUGGAUCACUCAGAUAGGAUUGAUGGAUAUUCUCAACAUCCAAAAGAGGAAAUGGGAAAUAUUUCAGAGAUUCCAGCAUCACAUAAAAUUAACAACUUAUUGCCACCAAGCACUGUUAGGACUGUUCAGCACACUGUUCCAAUUACAGAGGCUCCAGUUAAGCUGCUAGUUGCUACCACUGGCAGUCAGACUGGUACUGAUGCUGCUGUGAGUUCACAUGUAUCUCCUGGCCGUACAACAACUGCCAGGUCUGCAACAGCUUAUCAUGUAAAUACACUUUUGGUAAAUCCAAGAAGCCCCAGCGUUUUCAAUCCAUCAGUUGUUUCUGGAUCUAGUGCUGGCAAGAUCAGCCAGUUGCCAUUCAGCCUAUCCACAAAACAUUUCUCUUCUUUCCAGUACAACCAUCUUAAUAAUGAACAGGAAAAUAAAAACGGUGAUAAGCCUGAUGGAGGCGCAAGCAAAAAGCACCACCUUUUCUCUGGUGACCAAAGUAUACUUUUUGCUGCAUUGCUUUUGGGGGUGAUAUUCUUGCUCUUGGUUACAGUGCUGGUAGGGAGAAGGAUGCUUGAAUCCCUUCAGCAAAGGCAAUACACUAGGCUAGACUACUUGAUCAAUGGUAUGUAUGCCAGCGUGUGAUACAACCUGCGAGACAUUGAUGGGUUAAAUUUGUCAUCGAGGUCAUACUCUCUUUCUUAAAGCCUAAACUUUAUGCUAAGGACAUUUUGAUGUUUAGUUUUGUCUCAUGACAUCUUUAUUUGUACUUAUAUUGCGAGCAGGUGUAUCUUCUGCUUCCUUUCUCAGGAAUAUGUGAAA